UGGACCAUCCCGACUCUGCCGGCCCAGGUCGGAUCACCUAUCCCAUACGCCGUCGUUUCACUCCUUCACCCCGCCGGUUACCAAAUCUUUCUCUCUCUACUCUCUCUCUAUAUAUACAUUUCUAGUCGGCUCAGUGUGGACUCGGAGCUUCUUCUUUGACGUCUGUCCGAUCACUCUCUGCUAUACGCCGUCGUUUCACACCUUCUUCUCUGCUUCGCCCUCUGAUUAUCUGCGUUCAUUAGAGCGACCACAUCAGAUACCAAGAUUGCUGUUAUUAAAUUUGAGCAAGCAUUUUCACUGUCGUGAUUUGGUUUGGUUCAGAGUUGAAGGUCAACAGCAAUGUCAGCUCUUAGAGAUCUCAAUACCAUACCUGGAUCUGAGAGGAAGAAUGAAAGCUGUAGCAAAGGGGUCCUAACUAAACCCUUUGCUGGGAUUGCUACCGAAAAUCAUGAAGAGUGCCAGAAGAAAAACUCUGUCUCUUUGGGUGCCCCUUCUACUAAUGGUGAGGAAGUUGUGAAUGCAGUUGAGGUUGCAAAUACAGAAGUAGAAUACAUUGAGUCUGAGAACUUGAAUGAUGUAGAAGAUGUUGAUUUGAGUCUCAAGACACUCUUAACUGGACUAGAGUCUAAAGAUUGGGUGCUGCUUUGUGAAGCACUCAAUACUGUCCGUCGGUUAUCCAUUUUUCACAAGGAAGCUAUGCUCGAUACACUGGGAGAUGUGAUUCCACUUGUAGUAAGGUCCCUGAAGAAUCCAAGAAGUGCUGUUUGCAAAACUGCAAUUAUGACAUCUGCAGAUAUCUUCAACGCUUACAAUGACAGUAUAGUUGAUUCAUUGGACCCUCUGCUACUGCAACUUCUUCUCAAGUCUUCACAAGACAAACGAUUUGUAUGCGAGGCAGCUGAAAGAGCUUUAGUAGCAAUGACUACAUGGGUUUCCCCCACAUUGUUAUUACCAAUGCUGCAACCAUAUCUCAAGCACAAAAAUCCUAGAAUUCGAGCGAAGGCAUCAAUGUGCUUUUGUCGAAGUGUUCCACGACUGGGUGUUGAAGGUACUAAAGCAUAUGGGAUUGACAAAUUAAUUCAAGUUGCCGCCUCCCAGCUUAGUGACCAGCUUCCUGAAUCAAGGGAGGCUGCUCGAAGCCUCCUCCUUGAGUUGCAGACUGUUUAUGAGAAAUUUCAGAAUCUCUCUCCAACAGCAGUAUCUGAGGAGAUGCAACCAGAGGUGGACUCUUGGGAGAACUUCUGCCAAUCGAAACUAUCUCCGCUUAGCGCACAAGCUGUUCUUCGGGUGACCAAUAUCUCUCGGGAAGGUCUUGUUGUUGGCUCCUCUUGACACAUGUUGAUACAACACAGACAAGAUUUAGUACUACUGUCUCCAUUUUCAAACAAUUAUGAGCUUUAGCAAGAAGCCUACAUCUGCCCUUGCUUAGUUGCUUUGGUUUGAUAUUCAUCAAUUUCAAUUUCUGUUUUUUCUUCUUCUUUUUUACGCGUCUGUAAAUACUUUCAGGUGGUUGAGAUUGAGAUGUUUAUAUAGUGGCCAUGCAUUCUUUUGACAUGGGUUGGAUGUCCA